AUGCUUUUUUUAUUUAUUUUCGCAUUAUUAAUUAAAGCCUUCGCUUUAGAUAUCUUAACAAUCAACUAACGAUAUAAGGAAUCUGGCACGAUUAUCAAAUUGAUUGAAUCUCAAUAUCAAGUGAUCUAGAGUAUUCAAAAUAGUACUUUCUACUUUCAACCUUACUAAAUAGAUUAAGAUAAAUAUAUAACAGUUUAGUAUGAACUAUUGUUUGAAUAGAUAGGUUGAUUUUUGAAUAUCCUCGAGAUGGAGAUGUAAAUUUGGAGUUCUCAAUUACAAAAAAUAAGAAAAACUCCACAAGUUCUCAGAAUGAUGUAUUCUAUGAUAUUAACGGACAAUGUUUGAAGAAGGCAUAUCAAAUGAUUUAAAUAGAUCCAUUUACCUUUGAUAGCAAUGAUAAAUACUACAUUGAUAUUCAAAUAAGAGAUAGCCUUUUUACAGAUUAUUAAUAUUUUAUUAAAAUAACAAAAACUAAAAACAAACUAUGUCCGAAUGAUUGUGGUAAUUAAUAAUCAGGAUAGUGCCAUGCUGAAACAGGAGUGUGUGCUUGUUCUUCAUAAUUUGUGGACUUGGAUUGUUCAAAAUAGGCUUAACGCUUAUCUUUAGAUCAACCCCUAAAGAAUAUUUCAAUACAAAAAAAGGAAUAUUUCUAUUUUUAAAAAGAUGAAUUGAUUUCUAACAUAUCCUUGAGUUUGGGUUUGAUGAAUUCCUAAAAUCAUGCAUCUGGCCUUGAAGCAUUUAUUAUGUAUGAAACCUUUUAAUGUGGACUGGCAAAUGAAGCAUAUUUCAACUACUACAUUUCUUUUCAUGAUUAAUCCACUUAAUCUGUAUAAAUAGAUUUGUCUCCAUUGAUAUAUGACCAAUAUAUUGAAAGAUUCUAAAGAUUAUUGAUCACAGUCGUAACAUAAACCCCUAUUCUCGUAUUUAUUUCAGUAAACACAUCCUCCUUAGAUGUCAAUCCUGAAAUGGAUUAAAGCCUAGUAAUUGUGUAUGUACUGGUUUCGAUAGCCAUUUUGUUGCUGAUGGCUUGGAUCAUAAUUAUACUGAUAAGAUAUAGAAGAAGUUCAAGAGUGCAUGAAGAGACUAAUACAAUAUCCAAUUCUCAAAUCAAUAAUAACAAUUAUUAUAAAAAGAGAAAGAGUAAAUCAAAUUUGAAUUUGAAUCUUUUAGAUUAAUACAUGCCAAAAUUGUUAUAUUCUUAAAUCCUGGAAUUCCCAGAGUGUUAGGAAUUAGAAGUUUAGGAAGCUUGUUCGGUUUGUUUAUUAGAAUAUUAAAAAAAUGCCAUUUGUAGACUUACUCCUUGUCAUCACAUCUUCCAUUCUGAUUGCUUAUAUCAAUGGGUAAUGAAACAUGAGAACUGUCCUUUGUGUAGAACUGCCUUAGAUCAAAAGUCUUUGAAAGAAUUAUACAAUCAAAAUCUUAAUUAAACCUUCAAUUUGUGCAAACAAAAAGACAAGCAACCCAAUUAGAAUAUUGUAUUGCAAAGUCAGUUAUUCUCAAAUGCCCAAACAGAACUAAGAAUGAUUGCUCAUAAUUCAAUCGAUAAUCAAUGA